AUGACUGACCAAUGGCGAAGAGUCGGAAAGCCUAUUACCGUCCAGAUUCCCAACAUACCAGAUAGUCCACUGACCUUCUCUACUUACAGUACUUCUCUUUCCGGAAAGGUAUGGCUUUUUGUUGGUUGGUAAAAAAAAACUCUAUCAUUUCAGAGAGUAUACUUAUUUGGAAGUUCUCAGCCACAUGUCACAGAUGGCCUGCUGGCACAUAGGUUCUUUCUCAUGGCAAUCGAUUUAGGGGUCAAAAACGUCAGUUACUACUCGGUAAACAUUGAUGAGAUUGUUGGGGUUGUGUCUCAUCUCUACUUUUUGGCCCAAGAUCUGGCCAUCUUGUUGACGUUCGAUUGGGAUGAACAAAAGGUAUUACAAUAUCGACUGAAAAUCGACCGACUCAACAAAACGGUGGAAUGUGAUGGAGUAAGAAGGACCACCUUUCAUGGUGAACGUGAUACCAAAGUGGGGUUUGGAGCGGUGUCACAAGGCUACAUUCUUCUAAUAGGCAGGACGUCAGUUGAGUUGGGGAGUGAGUGUACGGUGAAGAUGAUCGCUUCGGACCCGUAUCACAGCGAACAGUUUCCUGAUUUUGAUUUGGAAGAUCAAGUACGUUAUUGUGUAUUAUACUCGAAAUUUGUCAAACAUUUAGAGGGGGGGGCAGACAGUGCUAUGCAACUUACGUUUCGACAAUCUCCCCCCCCUCUCUAGCAGCGCCCCUGUAACGCAUAUUAUUCAGUUUUUCAAAUAAUUCUGUGCCCCUUCUCAAAACGCUUCAAUGUUAUAGAGCACAGAAUUAUUCGAACAUCCUAAUAUUGUAGAUGACAGAGCUAGAUAGAGCAGCUCGCAUGCAUACAGAACAACUGGAAUUGAUGUUAGGCUUUGUGCCCUUGAUGUACAAGGAAUCCUUGUCCUUUUGGAUGUCCAUGGAUAGAAAAUUCUCGUUUUCAUAUCUUGGUGUAAUAACAUAUGACCAUAUGACCAAAGAGUUUGUCACAAAAAUCCAGCACGUGGAUAGUUCAAGUCUUGAUAGGUAAGGUCGUCGUAUGUUUCUAUUUUAUUCCAUACCAAAGUAAUUAUGUAUACCCUACCCUACACUACUCCACCCUACCCUACCUUACCCCACCGUACCAUACCCUACCGAAUAUUGUUUUAGACUGACGGAAUCGGAUGGCAAGGUACACGUCUUUGAAAGUAAGACGACACAAAAUGGAAGUACCAUGUGGAUGACCAUGAUUGGUCCAGCCCCGGCCCAGUCGAACACGAAGAGUUUUUGGCGGCAGAAACUUGAGCAGCUGGCUAUGGCCGCUUGUAUGUAAGUUCAGUUUUGCUUCGAAUGUGGCAGUGGGCCUACUUUCAGGUCUACCUACUAUGAAUAUUUCAGGGGGGGGGGGUCCAGCAUUAAAAAUUUUAAAAACGUUGAACGUGGUCCCCUUUUUGGAUGUUUAGAAACAAAUGGUAAUAGACCCUCCCCCCCGUAUUGAGAUAUAAAUUUUCACAAAGCUCUUAUCGUCAAUUUACAACGCUUUCCACGUUUAAAAAGCGACAAAACUUUUGUGACCUUACUCAUGAUCCUCAUUGUAGCUUUUGCAUCGACGUUCUACAUCCCUUCUUCCUUCGAUUCAAGCCCUACGACAAGGGUUUUAUCGCCAAAAAUUUGAUGAAGUUUUACUUAUGGAUUAUGAGUCCGUAUGUAUUGCCACAGUUUGAGCCGCUACCUACAUUGAAGAUGGUUGCGGUGGAUUUGGAGCAAUUUAAAUUGUGUGCGGCCCAUGUCGAGGCAAGUUUUGUAUGAGUGAGAGCCUAAAAGUUUGUAUCGUACCCACGUGUUUAUUAGUACUAAACUCAAAUUUAGACUACUUGUUAGUAACAAACUUUAAGUUAGAGUGGGUAUUGGUACCAAACUCAAAUUUAGAGUGUUUAAAAAGUCUUGUCGUCCCUUUUCAUUGACUUGCACGAUUAAAAACGCCAGGUCUCCGUUGGGAACUCUGGUUGUUGAUAUUGCUAUACUUUUAGCCCUAAUUUUUACAUUCAGGUGCUAAAGUCAACGAUGAGCACACAAGGGCAAAUCCUAAUCGACUGUACUCCUCGUGGCGACGUUCUGUUGACCGAAGCAUCACCACAAUGUACUGAAUUCAGAAUCUCCAGAAUCCGCAACCCAUUCGAACCCGAGCGUUUGUCGAGAAUAAGCAGGAAAACGGUCGAAAACGUGUUUCCUCGCCUUUUCCUUGAGAAACGACUGCCUCCCUACGUACUGGAGUCCAAGAGCUCAACAACAACAUGGCCCACUUGGAAUCUGAUCAAAUAA